UUUUUUUUUCCCCUUGCAGGAAACUUUUGAAGCUUAUCGUCGUCUGCUUCUUCUACUCUCAUCAGUUCAGAGCUCAACCGUCAAAAGACUCAAAACCCCUAAAACCCUAGAUGGAGGUAAUGUUAAUAAUUCAUUGAGUACGCGAAGUUGGAUAAAGGAUGGCAGCUUGUGCAAACGCGUUGCUGUUUCAGGAUAGUCUAGGCGGGGCUUUGCUGUCAGCUAAAGAUGUUCGCACUGGAAACUCAAGUUAUCUGAAGUAUCAGUCACAAUUUCGAGGUGUAUGUUGUCCGGUCAAAGUGAAAUUUUUAUUCGGACAAAAGAGAGAUUACCCAAGACAAAAAGAACCAUCUCGUCAUAUAAAAUGCAUGAACAAAGAUGGACGACAAUUUGAUCCAUCAUCGGUUGAACAGCCUCCUUACCAUAGCUACAUGGAUUCCACAUCCGGGCAGCUUGAACCCGCAUCCGGUGCCCGUGCAAGUAUUCCGGGCAAAGAUUACUGGCCUGAAGGCACAGUUAGCCGAGUGAGGGCUGCUCGUGCCCCUGAACCAGUCGGUAAAUCAGAAGGCAAACCUUCUUUUGGCAAGAAUCCUGGAAGCAGAAGGAAGAAUUAUAAGGGGCAAGCGGCUGCUCCAGAAAUUGUAGAAACUAGUUCUGACUAUAGUGAUGCUCCUGAUCCUAUGCUUGAGAACUCGGAUGAUACUUCGGACGAGCCCAGAGAUCCAAAUCAUGAGUUUGUUGUCUAUCAAGCGGAAGAGGUGGAGGAGAACCUUAGUUCUUUUGAGAUGGACAAAAGAUUCGGUCGUCCUCACCCCUUUAUUGAUCCAGCUAUUGAUAAGCCUAUAGAAGAACCUCGAUCGAGUGAAGAGUUGUGGUGGAAUUGGCGAAAACCUGAAAAGGAUCAGUGGUCAAGAUGGCAAAGGAGGCGUCCAGAUGUUGAUACGGUUUUUGCAAAGGCUAUGGCUGAGACUGGGCAAAUAAAGCUCUAUGGCGACCAUCCAACAUUAACUGAGACUGCUCUUGCAAGGGCAAGGAGAAAUAUAUUCAAAGAGGAAAGGCUAGAAGCUGAACGGAGAAGAUUAGAAGAAAUAGGACCAAUGGCAUAUUACUCUGAAUGGGUUAAAGCAUGGGAUAGAGAUACUUCACGUGAAGCUGUCCAGAAGCAUUAUGAAGAAACAGGUGAAGAUGAGAAUGCCCAGCUCAUCACGAUGUUCCAGCAUCAAACCGCUGAAGAAUACCGCAUCAUGAUGGGCACUGAUAUUCGAAUUAAACGUGAUCCUUUAGCAAUGCGUAUGCGAGAGGAUCAAAUAAAAGAGAUAUGGGGUGGUGAUCCAGUGUACCCAACUAUCAAUUACAUCCAAGAUCCGGAUGAAGUGAUUGAUUAUAGAGGUGCAGAUUUUCAUGAACCUACACCCAACAUGUUGUCUUAUCUCAUGGAGCAAGGCCAUAUUAUUUCAAGGGAAGAACUGGAGAGUAUUUUGGCUAAAGAGAAGAAACAAGAACUUGAGAUUACAGAUAUAGAUGAAGCCAUGGCAAGUGCUGUUGAUAUUGGCGAGAACGAUGAUGAAGAAGACAGCGAGGAAGAAGAGGAGGAAACUGAAGAAGAGGAGGAGAAAAUAACCCGCAAUUGGAGUGUUCUGAAAAGCACUCCUGAACUCCGCAAAUCAAAGGAAAAGCCGAAAAAGAAAGAAGGCCCAAUGACAAUCGAGGAGGCUAUAGAUGAUUCAGAGAACUUGACUGAUUUCCUGAUGGACUUUGAUGAAGAGGAGUGACAAUUUUUUCAGUCUCAAAGAGGUUACUGUUGCAAAGUGGGCAAGCAGAAGCGCGGACAAGAUCAAAGCCUUUUAUGUGGUACUUAUGCCAAAGAGCUCGGAUGAUCAAGGAUCAAUAUUGACAUGAGCACAAUGUUGGAUCCUCUGAUGCCUUUACUUUCCUGUCUCUCCAUUCUUCUACUUUUGUAUUGGCUCUUAAAAGAGUCCAUGGUAGUGGAGCUUGUUAGGCCUGCCAAUGGAGCUUUGUAUGUGUAAUGGAUGGUCAUAUGAAUGAAAAUGUCAUGGCAGAAAAUGUGAGAUUAUACAUAGACUAAAGAAACAACCUUUGUUGUAACAUGUUGAAGGGACUUAGAGAUGGGAAGGUGAACCUUGCUUAACGGUUUCAUUAUCUCGAAAAAAAACUGAAUUUUGGUUA